AAAUCAUCGGGCAGCACACUAGAGGCCGCCCUCGAUCCGAACACAAUGCACACCAGAAGCCGAAUCGCACACCUCUGUUCGUCACAGAGUUCAACGUCACCGCUUUGGCUUGAUGACGCCGGUGUUUUGUGACGUCGACGCCGGGUGAGUCGACGCGAUUGACAUUCGAAGGGGACCGAAUGGGAUGGACGCGAGCGGAAGGGCGAGCGCAGUCUGGUUGGCGCACGUCAAACGAUGGGCGGCGGGGAGGAGCGAGCCCCGGAAGGCGAGGGUCUGUCCCUUGAGGAGCCGGAGCACUCCUCCCUGAGCCGAACGAGCUAAGCAUCCUCUGCACCCUCUUGCCGACACUGCGACGACACAAGACACCUCGAAGACCGACGAGGACAGACAGACUCCCUACAAGGGAGACGCCCAGUCCUGCCUGUCAUUACUGACAACGUACGCCACACUUGAGGCCCGAAGGCACCCAGGUCCACCCUGUCUAAUAAGAGUCUGCCCUAUCUCAGGUCCAAAGCACCUUGGGCCACCCAAUUUCUAAUCUAAAGGCCCAGCAACAGGCCAGCUACAUGUGAGAUCUAAGGCCCCACCUGUGGUCAUAAACUUCCAACAUGUCCACUCCAUUGAUCGUUCCAGUCAUAACCGCAGCUGACCGUUCUUCCAAACCCGAUGGAUUUCGUCUCAACAAUCUGAGUCCCUCCACCUCCAUUCAGAGGGGUCCCACCUGUGAAUGGACAGAGCAGGAAGCCAUGUCGUCAUCCCAGGCGGAUAGCAUGAACCAAAAAAUGGAAGGCGGUGCCGGGCACAGCGGUGACAAAAAACCCUGCCCUGUGCACACGCCAGGCUCGGGCGACACCAAGCGGGGCUUCCGCAAGAGCAGGCACAAUGACUACGUCAAGAUCUCCAUGAAGGAGCCCGAGGUCAACCGACUGCCUCCGGAGUGGUGGAAAACGACACUUCUCUUCUUCUACGCCGGCCUCAGCCUGGUGCUGACCACGGUGGUCAUCACGGUGGUGCACGAGAGGGUUCCGCCCAAAGAGAGCAUCCCGCCGCUGCCCGACACCUUCUUUGAAUACAUCGACAGAGUCAAGUGGGCCUUCACUGUUACGGAGGUUAAUGGCAUCGUGCUGGUUACCAUUUGGUUCCUGCAGCUCUUCUUCUUCAACCACAAGUCCAUCGUAUGCCGACGUUACUUUUUCCUCCUGGGCACCUUGUACUUGUACCGCUGCAUCACCAUGUACAUCACCAUCCUGCCUGUACCUGGUAUGCAUUUCAGCUGCGCGCCCAAGCUGUAUGGAGACUCGUAUGCCAAGUUCCAGCGAAUUCUGAAGUUGAUUUCCGGCGCCGGCCUGUCCAUUACCAGUUCUCAUAUUAUGUGCGGAGAUUUCCUGUUCAGUGGACACACCGUGAUGCUCACCCUCACUUACCUGUUUAUCAAGGAAUACUCACCUCGCUCGUUUUGGUGGUACCACUUGAUGUGCUGGCUGCUGAGUGCCGUGGGCGUGGUGUGCAUCCUGGUGGCGCACGAGCACUACAGCGUGGAUGUGGUGGUGGGCUACUUUGUCACAACGCGACUCUUCUGGUGGUACCACAGCAUGGCCAACACACAGUGUGAGUGCUCACCCAACAACUACUUCACCAACACCUGGUGGAACCCGCUGUUUAACUUCAUGGAGCGCAACGUGAACUCGCCUGUGCCGCGCGUGUACGGUUGGCCCAUCAGCUGGGCGCCCGCCUGCCUGAAAAACCCUUGCGCUGCAUAUCAGCUAGUGUUGUACCAGAGAAGUGAGGGCAGUUCCAUGACUGAAGAUAGCGCUACGCAGCCGACGGGAGAUAGGGUCAUGCUGAUUGGUCUCAAUUCUUUGAACCAUGAGGGACAAGCGCUCGGCUGCAAGUCGUCGGAAGUCGCCAGCCGAGCCCUUAGCAUGACUCGGCACGACGACGGCUCCUGUGUGUGGAGGAACAUUACCAGUCUGGUCAGGAGACUCAUAUAUGGUCACUGCGACACACGCAUAUGUGACCUCCCACGUAGGGAAUGUGGGGAGUGUAGUUAGGCUGUCAUUUGUGAUUCUUUUUUAAGUCCUUUUUUUUUCUUGUAGAUCGCAAUUUAAGAUCAACAGAAUCGUUGGGAAGUCAUGUACCUUCCCUCACCUUGGUACUGGUGCGUCCUCCCGCAUUCCAAAAACUUGCAAUGUUUGGUUUAAGACUAGAUAUGAUGCAUUAGUAAAAUACAGUAACCCUCCGCUAUUUACAGGCAAUAGAAACUGAGCACUGCCAUGAAUCAGAAAAACCACGAGUAAUU